CUGACCCGGCUCACCCACCCYGCCAAGCCUUGGGCGCGGCGUCGCCACCCGGGCCGCAGAAGCCCCCCAGCACCCACGCCAUGAAGGAGGAGGCCUUUCUCCGGCGCCGCUUCUCACUGUGUCCGCCGGCCUCCACCCCGCACAAGACCGACCCCCGGAAGCUCACACGGACCCUGCUCCUGGGCUGCGAGAAUGAGCUCAGCCCAGUCAGCCCAGGGAAGGACAUGGAGCCCAAUGGCCUGUCACUGCCAAGAGAUGAAGAGCCCCCCACCUCGGGCUCCACCGCCAAGGUGCCACCGGCAGAGAACAGACUGUGCAAUGGGUCUGACAAGGAGUGUGUGUCCCCGACGUCCAGGGCCUCCAGGAAAGAGACCCUCAAGGCGCAGAAGGAGACCUACCGAAAGGAGAAGAAGCGCGCGACGAAGCAGCUCUUCAGUGCCCUCACAGAUCCCAGCGUGGUCAUCAUGGCCGACAGCCUCAAGAUCCGUGGGACCCUGAAGAGCUGGACCAAGCUGUGGUGCGUGCUGAAGCCUGGGGUGCUGCUCAUCUACAAGACGCCCAAGGUGGGCCAGUGGGUGGGCACCGUGCUGCUGCACUGCUGUGAGCUCAUCGAGCGCCCCUCCAAGAAGGACGGCUUCUGCUUCAAGCUCUUCCACCCACUGGACCAGUCAGUCUGGGCCAUGAAGGGCCCCAAAGGUGAGAGUGUGGGCUCCAUCACACAGCCCCUCCCCAGCAGCUACCUGAUCUUCAGGGCCGCCUCGGAGUCGGACGGGCGCUGCUGGCUGGACGCCCUGGAGCUGGCCCUGCGCUGCUCCAGCCUGCUGCGGCUGAGCGCCUGCAAGCAGGGCCACAACAGCGAGCCGGGGUCCUCGCCCGACGCAUCGCCAUCCUCGCUGUCCGGACUGCCAGGCUCAGCCGCCGUCCACCCAGACCAGGACCUGUUCCCGCUGAGUGGCUCGUCCCUGGGGAGCCCCCUGGAGCAGGAUGCCUUCUCGGACAAGUCAGAGAACGCCGAGGACUCCGGGCCAGAGACCCAGGACCCCAGCCCCAAGACCAACGGGAGUGGCAGCGACCAGUCUGAGAGCCCCGGGGGGCCCCGCAGGGGGACCACCUACGUGGAGCAGGCCCCCGAGGAGCCCGGGGAGCUGGAUGAGGAGCCCCAGGUGGAGCCAGUGUCGGAGGAGAACAAGGGCCUCAUAUGGGUGCUGCUGCGGCAGCUGCGGCCGGGCAUGGACCUGUCCCGCGUGGUGCUGCCUACCUUCGUGCUGGAGCCCCGCUCCUUCCUCAGCAAACUCUCGGACCACUACUGCCACGCCGACCUGCUCUCCAGGGCUGCCCGGGAGGACAACGCCUACGGCCGCAUGAAGCUGGUGCUGCGCUGGUACCUGUCUGGCUUCUACAAGAAGCCCAAGGGAAUCAAGAAGCCCUACAACCCCGUGCUGGGCGAGAUGUUCCGCUGCCGCUGGAUCCACCCUCAGACGCGCAGCUGCACCUUCUACAUAGCGGAGCAGGUGUCCCACCACCCGCCCGUGACGGCCUUCCACGUCAGCAACAGGAAGGAUGGGUUCUGCAUCAGCGGCAGCAUCGUCGCCAGGUCCAAGUUCUACGGGAACUCACUGUCGGCUCUGCUGGACGGCAAGGCCACACUCACCUUCCUGGAUCGAGCAGAAGACUACACCCUCACCAUGCCCUAUGCCCACUGCAGAGGCAUCCUCUACGGUACCAUGACCCUGGAGCUGGGAGGCUCGGUGACCAUCGCGUGUGAGAAGAACCACCUCCAAGCCGAGCUGGACUUCAAGCUCAAGCCUUUCUUUGGGGGCAGCACCAGCAUCAACCAAAUCUCSGGGACGAUCAGGUCGGGAGAGAAUGUCCUGGCACAUCUCACUGGACACUGGGACCGAGACGUGUUCAUCCAGGAGGAGGGCGGCGGGAGCCCGGAGCUCUUCUGGACCCCCAGCAGGGAGGUCCGCAGGCAGAGCCUGAAGCGCCACACGGUGCUGUUUGAGGAGCAGAUGGAGAUGGAGUCUGAGAGGCUCUGGCAGCACGUCACUAGGGCCAUCCACGAGGGAGACCAGCACAGGGCCACCCAGGAGAAGUGUGUGCUGGAGGAGGCGCAGCGGCAGCGCGUCCGCGAGCACCAGCAGGGCCUCACGCCCUGGACACCACAGCUGUUCCACCUGGACCYGCUCACCCACGAGUGGCGCUACCGAUACGAGGACCACAGCCCCUGGAAUCCCCUGACGGACGUCACCCAGUUUGAGCAGGAUGGGGUUCUGCACACCCUGCAACGGGAGACCGUGGCUCACAAGACCACCUUCCUGGGCAGCCCGGAGUCAGGGCGCGAGAGGUCUGGCCCAGACCGGCGACUCCGCAAGGCCAGUGACCAGCCGUCUGGCCACAGCCAGGUGACAGAGAGCAGCGGCUCCACGCCCGAGUCCUACCCAGAGAUCUCGGAUGAGGACUGCCACUCUGCUCCCGCUGAUGACAGCCCAUGUCCUCGGUGCAGGAGGGAGGCACAGCAGCUGCAGGCACUGAGGGAGGCCGUGCUGUCCAUCCGGGARGCCCAGGAGGAGCUGCACAGGCACCUGUCGGCCAUGCUGAGCUCCGUGGUGCAGGCUGGGCAGCCCGCCCCUGGCCUCCUGCAGAGCCCCCGCACCUGGUUCCUGCUCUGCGUCUUCCUGGCUUGUCAGCUCUUCAUCAACUACAUCCUCAAAUAAGGGCCCCUGGGGCAGCGGGCUUCCCUGCAGACCCCCGAGCCUGAGCCUCCCUCCCAGGCACCCAGCACUUUACGCCAGCCCCGCGGAGGCAGAAAGGCCUGGCCAGCCCGCCACUGUGGCAGAGGCCCACGGYAGGAGGGAGGGAGCAGGGGCUGUGGCCCAGGUGUGCAGGGCCCUCCGCCCAGGGCGGCCUUAACGCUAAAGCCAAAUGCAGCUUCCAUUGUGUGACACGCACCUCGUCAUUCCCAGUCCAGCCCCACUUGCCACAGGGCACCAGUGGAUUCGGGGCGGGAGGGCCUGCCCCCGCUGUGGACAGCUACCCGCUGGCAGCAGUGAGUGAGGUUUCAAGGAGAGAGCGGGGAGACCCCAGGAGUCCCUGGCGCAUGGCCCRAUGCACUUCCAGAGACUCUGCUCUCGUUGCUGGGUCGCCCUGAGGGACCCCAGGAGGCUCUGGGUCAGGCCGGGGCUCCCCGGGCAAGGACACUUGGGGCAGUUGUUCUGUCACUGUGCUGUUUGGUGGAAGCCCAGGACAGGUAGGUACUGGACCCWCCCCACCAACAGCCAGAGGAGCCCACUGGAGCCACUGCCCGUGGGCGGAGCGGGUGAGCAGGAGGGAGCCGGCGGCCAGAGAGGCUCUGCACCAGGCUGCCCGGCCCACACAGUCUUCCUUCCUUCACACUUUUUUAAUAACGUGUAACUGCAAUAUGUCAGGCGGCCGCACAGCGGUGAGCCUGUGGCGUCUGGCCCCAGUUCCUGUGUCCAUGGCGCUAUGUGUGCGUGUGUGCGUGUGCGUGUGCGUGUGUGUGUGUGUGCGUGUGUGAGCAUCUGCACAUAUUUACAUCUGGAGCCUUAAACUACUCUGUGGGUGCCAUCUCAGCUGUAGCUGACCCUUCAUGUCCAAGUUUUGUACCACGUUCUUGUCUCUUCCCCUCUCCCCAAGUCGGGGACCAGUCUAUG